AUGGGGUGUGUUCUUGGGAGAGAGGUAUCUUCAGGCAUAGUUUCAGAGUCUAAAGAGGUCAAGAACCUACGUGUUGAAUCCAAUAGGAAAGUAGAUGUUUCGGUGACAAAGACUGAUACUACUAGUAGUGUUGUUGAGAUUCAAAAUGAGGAAACUCAGGAGGAGAAAGUUGAUGGGGAUAAAAAACCUAAGGGAGAGAGGAGGAGGUCAAGGCCAAACUCCAAGCCAAGUAACCUGCCCAAACAAACGCGUGGCGAGCAGGUUGCAGCAGGCUGGCCACCCUGGCUGUCAGCAGUUUGUGGGGAGGCUCUAAAUGGAUGGAUUCCACGGAGAGCAGACACAUUCGAGAAGAUUGAUAAGAUUGGAUCAGGAACGUAUAGCAAUGUGUACAAAGCUAGAGAUCUAUUGACGGACAAAGUUGUUGCCCUAAAAAAGGUUCGUUUUGAUAAUCUGGAACCAGAGAGUGUGAAGUUUAUGGCUAGAGAGAUCCUCAUUUUGCGAAGAUUGGAUCAUCCGAAUGUUGUAAAGUUGGAAGGGCUAGUUACUUCCAGGAUGACAUGUAGUUUGUACCUCGUAUUUGAGUACAUGGAGCACGAUUUAGCUGGACUUGCUGCCAGCCCUGCAGUAAAAUUUACAGAGCCACAGGUUAAAUGUUACAUGCAUCAACUAUUAUCUGGACUUGAGCAUUGUCACAAUCGUGGUGUGCUUCAUCGUGAUAUCAAGGGAUCGAAUCUUUUGAUUGACAAUGAAGGAAUACUUAGGAUUGCUGAUUUUGGAUUGGCGUCUUUCUUUGAUCCUAAUCACAAGCAUACAAUGACAAGUCGGGUUGUUACUCUGUGGUAUCGGCCUCCUGAGCUUCUUCUUGGGGCUACUGACUAUGGUGUUGGUAUUGACCUGUGGAGUGCAGGCUGUAUAUUGGCUGAGCUACUGGCUGGGAAGCCCAUUAUGCCUGGUCGCACAGAGGUAGAGCAAUUACAUAAGAUAUACAAGCUAUGCGGUUCACCAUCAGAUGAAUACUGGAAAAAAUCAAAGUUACCAAAUGCAACCUUGUUUAAGCCUCGAGAGCCUUACAAAAGAUGCAUAAGAGAGACAUUUAAAGAUUUUCCACCAUCAUCACUGCCCCUCAUUGACACUCUUCUUGCAAUUGAUCCAGUGGAACGUCAGACAGCCACAACUGCUCUAAAGAGUGAAUUCUUCACAACAGAACCUUAUGCUUGCGAACCUUCUAGUCUCCCAAAAUAUCCCCCAAGUAAGGAGAUGGAUGCUAAACGACGAGAUGAUGAAGCUCGAAGACUAAGAGCUGCCAGCAAAGCCCAAGGUGAUGCUGGAAAGAAACCACGAGCACGUGAACGUCAUGCUAGGGGAAUGCCAGCUCCAGAUGCCAAUGCAGAGCUCCAGUCCAAUAUUGAUAGAAGGCGCCUAAUUAACCAUGCAAAUGCAAAAAGCAAGAGCGAAAAGUUUCCCCCGCCCCAUCAGGAUGGAGCACUUGGGUAUCCUUUAGGAUCUUCUCACCACAUUGAUCCUGCGCUUGUUCCUCCUGAUGUCCCAUUUAGUACCACCUCAUUUACUUACUCAAAGGAGCCAAUACAAACUUGGUCUGGCCCAUUGGUUGACCCUGCUGGUGUUGGUGCUCCAAGGCGAAAGAAGAAGAAUGCAGGUGACACACGAGGAUCGUCAAAACUGCCAAGUGGAAAAGAUAAAAGCAGAGAUGCUCAGUUAAAAGGAAAGAAGAGCAUGGCUUAA